AGUUAACUCGGGGCUCCUCGCGCUCGUCCGCUAUUGGCUAUCGCCUUUCCGGCUCGCCCCUUUAGCCCCCUUGAAGGGCUCAGCGCCUUAGGCGGACGAAGUGAGACCGGCUCGAACGUGUGAACUGUGCGAGGCAUCGGCAGCGGAGCGGUCAUGGCGGCCAGGCUCGUGCUACUGACGCUGGGCUCCUUGCUCUGCGCCCUCGGAGGCGCCUCAGCAGCAGCUGGCUUUAUAAAGUCACCUCUCUCUCAAAAGAAACUGACAGAGGAAAGUGUGGAACUGCACUGUGAGGCUAUUGGCAGCCCCAUCCCCGAAAUCCAGUGGUGGUUUGAAGGAGCAGUUCCCAGUGAAACCGCCAUACAGCUGUGGGAUGGCGCCUGGCAGGACCGGGUCCAAAUCAGCACGACCUACCAGCACCACUCCUCCAGCACUAUCGCCAUCACUGACCUGGGGAUUGAAGACUCUGGCACGUACGAAUGCUGGGCCAGCAACGACCCCGAUCGUAACCACUUGUCGAAGAGCCCCAAAGUCAAGUGGAUCCGCUCCCAGGCGAAUGUCAUUGUCACUAAGCGGCCCCAAAUCUCAACCUCUCCUGAAGUAACUGCUGGAUCGAACGUGAUUAUUUCAUGUAACAUAAGUGACCCACCAACACCUAUCAAAGGCAAUUACUGGAUGAAAGGAAAGAAGACGCUUGAGUCCAAUAAGACCGCUCUGGAUUUUACCUCAUACAUGAUCCCCAAAGUGGAUCACGAAACCUCAGGAGAGUACCACUGCGUCUUUAACACCACACCCAUCUCAAGAGCAACAGUGUAUGUGAAAGUUGCCCCCCACGUGACGGCUUACAAGAAGAUGGAACACGGCACGGAAGGGGACAUAGCAACGCUGACUUGCAAAUGCAAUUCUUACCCUCCUGUCAUCCAGUGGACCUGGUACAAGCUGGUAGACAAGGUGCCUCAGUCUGUCCUUAACGGCACCGAGGAAAGGUUCUACAUCAUGUCCAACAGCACCAGGACAGACCUUCAGAUCAUUUCUUUGGACCUGGAGAAGGACCCUGGGACUUACGUCUGCAACGGCACCAACGAAAUGGGCGAAGGGAGCGCUGAGGUGAACUUGAGGGUGCGGAGCCGGCUGGCUGCUUUGUGGCCCUUCUUGGGGAUUGUGGCAGAAGUGCUGGUCCUGGUCACAAUAAUCUUCAUCUAUGAGAAGAGGAGAAAGCCCAAUGAGGUUCCUGAGGAUGACGAUGGAGGCUCUGCUCCCCUCAAAGGCAACACUGCAAACAACAUGGACAAGAACGUGCGUCAGAGGAAUGCAAAUUAAGCCCACAGCAAGGUGACACGAGACCUAAGCAGAUGGCUUAGAUGUUUCCUCUGACAUUUUCCUGCUGUAAAACCAAGAAUAUUUCCAGAACACCCUUGCAUCCUUUUUUUUUUAAAAAAAAAAAAGGAAGGCAAAAAGCAGUGAGAGAUCUUUUAGCCUUUUAAGUUUUCACCACACAUAAAGUUUUUUCGUCUGUUCUCACCACUGAAUCUUGAGAGUUGGGAAAGGAAAUGGAAGAAAUGGGGAAAUUAACAUUUCAAGAACACGUGGCCGGUUAGUUUUAAGAUCCAUCAUCCCUCACUCAAGAAUGUGCUGUUCUCUCUCUCUCUCUUUUUUUUUUAGUAGCAGGCCCUAGGGGGGGGUUAUUAAAUUAGUCCCAUUUCACGAUGCAGUAGCAUGAAGCAAUCCAGAGUUUUAAGUCACCCUCGGCUUUAGGAAGGGCAGUGCUUCAGGCCAGUAGAAGAGUUUGCCUCUCCUCCUCUUCCUCAUUUGGUCUCCCUGGAGCAGAAACUCCCCAAUCUCGCACCCCAUUUUCUCCAAACCCCAGAGCAGAAGAUACCGCGAAACAAGGGCUGCUGCUGCUGCUGCUUGUGUGUUGGUGUUUGGCGUCUCGAGCCUGGAAGAGACGGCCAAGCUUUGCUGCCUUUUGUCAUUCCUCUCUCCAGCCACGUGAGCCUUUGGGGCUCUCUGGAGACGGGUCCAGUGCACAAACAGUGUCGGUGCCAUAAUUGCUCAGAGGACAAGGACAGUGACUUUUCUCCUGCCUCCCCUCCCCACCCACCCCCCCAACCUCGGUGUCCUCAGAGUGUCCAGCCAGAAGGGGGGCAAGAAUCUGAAGCUCAUAUAUAUAUGUGUGUGUUUGUGUAUCUAGGGUAGUCUUUCCAGCUUAUCUGGUGGUGUCUCCUUUUACUCCAGUGACAUUUUAGACAGCAAUUAAUUACAAAGGCCAGAAAGCAAACCGGAAUAUAACUCUCAUGCAGCGCCUUCCUCUUGUCCCAACACCCGUUUGGCCUCUGCCGAGGGAGAGAAUGUCCUUACAAGCUCAUCAGGCUGCCCUUAGUUUUGGUGACUGUUGGAAUAGGUCAUUGUUUUAAAUAAGCCAGCUUUCUCUCAAUAAAGCAGACUCGGUUGUUUUGGUUUCUUUCCCUA